AGUGUAAAAUAAAGUAGAAGGGAAUAAAAGCAAGAAGAGAAACAAAUUUCUAAACCAAAAACUCCCUUUCCCAUGAGAAGCAACCAUCAAAAUUAAGUAGUGUUUAGCUGAAAUUUCAUUCUCAAAGCUACCUAUCUAACUUCAUUUUUUCUGGUCCUUCCUCUUUCACUUAAUUUUCUCCUUAAUUCUCCUCCACCUCUUCUUCUCUUCCAUAUGGAGAAUGAAAAGGAUCGUUUCGAUCCCUUUUAUUACAACAACCAUGAACUCAACCACUCAAUAAGCUUUCCAUUCUUUAGGGACAACCAUUCAACAAUACCCUCACAAAAUUUUCAAGGGUUUGAUCCCUCUAGUACCAGUUUCACUGAUUGCUUACAUGGUUCCAUGGACUACAACACUCUCUCAAGAGCCUUUGACUUGUCUUGCUCAUCAUCUGAAGUGAUCUCCCCCAUUGACGACAACCUUAAGAAACCCACUCUAGGAAAUUCAGUGGGGAUCAGUGGGAAGCAAUUAUCAACACCCAAUUCCUCUGUGUCUUCCUCAUCUAAUGAAGCAGAAGCAGUAACAGAAGAAGACUCAACCAAAAGCAAGAAAGAAAAGCAGUCAAAAGGGUGUGAAGAUCAUGGAAAUGAAGACUCUACGAAAGAGAACAAGCCCAAAAAGAAAGAGAAAAAGCCAAGAGAGCCACGCUUUGCCUUCUUGACUAAAAGUGAGAUCGAUCACCUUGAAGAUGGAUACAGAUGGAGAAAAUAUGGACAGAAAGCAGUCAAGAAUAGUCCAUACCCAAGGAGCUAUUACAGAUGCACCAGUCAGAAGUGCACUGUGAAGAAAAGGGUGGAGAGAUCAUUCCAAGACCCAGCAAUCGUGAUCACAACAUAUGAAGGGCAGCACAACCAUCACUGUCCGGCGACACUCCGGGGAAAUGCCGCCGGCAUGUUGUCAUCACCUUCCCUUUUUGGUUCCACAUAUUUGAGGCCAAAUUUACCCCAAGAUUUCCUAGCUCAGUUGCUUCCAAGUUAUAGCCAAGAUGAUCACCAAAACCCCAUGUUCAACCAAAACCUUGGCCAUUCUCAGCCUCAACAACAACAACAACAACAGCAGCAGUUCCAACUCCCUCAUGACUAUGGGUUGUUACAAGACCUAUUGCCAUCAUUCCCACGCAGACAAGAGCCAUGAACUUACAAAAGAAAUCUUAUCCAAUUUCUAUUAGUAUAUUGUGGGGCUUGCAGUGUAUCCACACACUAUAUAUAUGUAGUAAGUAGUAGCUUCCCUUUACUUGUUUUCCUCCUCUUCUCUCUAUGUCAUGUACCUAGAUUAGUAUGUAAGACAUGUAUAUAUAUAUAUAUAUAUAUAUAUAUAUAUAUAUAUAUAUAUAGCAGUGGGGAUCUUAGAGCCUUAAAUGAGUAUUUUAGAAUUACAGCAUGUGACAUUGAUCAUCUUUUUAAUUCCAUUUGAGUAAUUUGAAAGUUGAGAGUAUGUAUUGGAGAAGGAUGGUUUGACAAGACAAUUAGCAUAUUUUGUAUGAUUGAUCUUUUUCAGUGAAAGGUAUUGAUAGGACUUGAUGGUAUUCUUGGAUCACUAACUCAGUUAAAAGGAGGGUGCAAGACUAUGCAACUAGAAAAUAUGGAAGGUUUUUCAGAGGCAGGUUGGCAACAUCAACUAAAAUUGCAGCGAAUUUAAUUAAUAUCUCUAUUUGUGGUCUCCAUUUGUGUGGCUAUAUACGUUUGAAAUUUUGCGGCUAUUUAUUCCAAUUGUGGGGGGAUUAUUUAGGAACUUGUAUGUAUAUGGAAAGUUGUUUGGAGGGGAACCAUAUAUGUGUAUAUAUAUGUGUGUAUUUCGGCGCUUCAGUUCUAGUGCAUGUGUUUGCGUGUGUAACUAUACUUUUGGUUAUAUUUGUGGAUGUAUACCUAACUUUAA